AGCUGCAUGAGAUCCAUCGGUAGACAAAAGUCGUGCCGUGGCAUUGCAGGGGAGGUCAUGGACGAUGGGCCGUCUAUAGAGGUCCAGAAAAUGGCGGCGACGGCAGGAGAUUUUUGGGAACUCCACAAGCAGUUGGCCAAUUGCUAUGUGGCCGACAUUUCACGACUCAAAGGUGACCGAGUUCCCGAGAAAGCCAGCGACAAAGCCAGUGAGCCGCUACCGGUGCAAAGGGAACGUUCCAUGACUUCUAUCCCGUCUAUACAGUCUGUAGCACCCAGGAGCCCCCGCCCCACCGAAGCGGCGACCGCUGUGGGAGGUGGCUUGGCGCCGCCCAAACGCCGCGAGUCGCGUAAAGAGACCAUCCGAGAUAGGAGAGACAAAUCUCUCCAGACACUGCGCAGUCUGCAAGGUUUGCCCCGCGACCCUGAAGCCUCCAUUACGGCCAUGGAGCUAACUCCUUACCAGUGCUGGGCGGAUUCUCAUACAAAUACAAAGGCUGUGCCAAAAUGGACGCGAGGAAGGACCAAGGAGUUAUCGAUCACUCCAAGGUCCACCAAACAGCCGGCCAUCAGUCACGAAACGGAGGAGCUCCCCGAGAGGAGCUAUGUGUUGCAUCCCGGGGGCAGCUUCCGAACGGGCUGGAACUUGUCCAUGGCCGCCUGUGUCCUCUAUGACUUGCUGGUGAUCCCGCUGAACGCCUAUGACGUCCCGCAGAGUGUGGUGCUCGAGAUGUUCGAUUGGUUCAUUCAGAUCUUCUGGAACUGUGAUCUGAUGAUUUCCUUUCUGACGGGCUACUACGAUGCAGGGACCCUGGUGACCUCGCUGCCGAAGAUCGCCGUGCACUAUGCGAAGACCUGGCUGCUGUUUGACGUGAGCCUGUUGUCCAUGGAUUGGGCCUUCCGCUUUAUGGAAUGGUCCAAUGACGGCGGCUUGGAGGCCAUCAUGUGGUCCCGCAGUCUACGGAUGCUGCGCUUCCUGCGGCUGAUGCGGAUGCUGCGGAUGGUCAAGUUGCGACGGAUCAACGAAGUCUUCCAGGAAUUCUUCCAAUCGCAG